UACCUACUCUUCCCAUCAUUCUCCUUUCCAUCCCUAACCCUAAUCCCCACCUAGAAUAAAAAAAAUUCGAAGUCCAUGGGAAGCUGCCUCAAACCGACUCUCUUUCUCUAACUAGUAUCUUUUGCCUAAGGAUCUAGGUGUGCCAGUGAUUGACCUGUUUUUUCUUGUGAGCUAGAGAAUGGAGGUUCUCUCUAGUGAGGCACUUGAUAUGGAUCAAUCAAUUGAUAUUCUUCUCGCAAAUGCUUGUCAAGGAGAUGACAACCUACGGUCAAUAGCAGAAGGCAAACUAAAGCAGCUCCAUGAUCUUGACCUUUCCAACUUCCUCCUAGGUUUAUCAUCUCAGCUCUCGAGGGAGGAGACUCCAGAAGAGUCUAGCAUACUUGCUGGUAUCAUCCUUAAGAACUCCUUGGACUCAGGGGAGCCUGCACUCGACGAUCUAGGGAGUCGAAAAUGGCUCAGCCUCGAUCCAUCUAUCCAAUCACAGAUUAAGGAGAACUUGCUCCUGACUCUAGAAUCCAAUUGUGAUUCAAGGCGCCGCUCAUCAAAAAUUAUUGCAAAAGUUAUUGCAUGGGUUGCAUGCAUUGAGAUACCAAGGAAUCAAUGGGAGGAGCUCAUUGGCAAAUUGGUGGGGAACAUGUCAAUGCCAUCUUCUUCCCUAAAGCAAGCAACUCUAGAGGUGCUUGAGUAUGUCUUCGAGGAGAUCCCUUAUGUUCUGAAGGAGGAUCAAGUGGAUGUUGUUCUCGCUAGUGUCAUCAAUGAAGUGAAAAUGGAGGAGGGAGGAGAGCCAAGUUCUCAAGUUCGUCUCGCAGCUCUUAAAGCUCUACUCAACAUUCUUAAGUUUAUUGAGCUUGCUAAGCUUGAAGAGGAAAGUGGCAGCAGUUCUAUAGUGGCUGCAGUUUGUGAUGGUGCCUCUCGAUCCAAGGAAACCAAGAUCAAAGAGGCGGCAUUUGAGUGUCUUGUUGUAGUUGCAUCCAGAUAUCAUACCAAAUUAUUACCCCACAUGGAAAUCAUAGUGAGUCUUACAGUGGAAGCUUUGAAAGUGAAAGAAGAUGAAGAAUCACUCAGAGUCCAAUGUAUUGAGUUGUGGAACACUAUUUGCCGAAAAGAGAUUAAUUGCCGAGAAGAAGAAGAAGAAGAAGAAGAAGGAGGAGGAGGAGGAGACUCUAUCUUUAUUGGUCAUCUUUGUUCAUUUGUUCAACCUCUCCUAGAAGCUUACUUGGAAAAAGAGAAAAACUUGGAAAAAGAGAAAAAAGAACAAGAAGUCAUUUCCAUGAGUGUAGAAGAAGAGGGAGAAGAAGAGGGAGAUGAUAAUUUAGAGGACAUGGACAUUUCCGUGAGUGCAGAACAAGAGGGAGUAAACCUUGACGACAUCUGGGAACAAGUGGAAGAUGAGAGUGUGCAAGACAUUUUCAUGACAUGCCUAGGCCUGGCCACUAGAACUAUGAAGGAUAAAGUUGUCCCCCUUGUGAUGAAAUUUGUUCACGAGAACAUCAAUGGGCCUAGUCGCAUGAUGGCCAUUUAUCCAUUAGGUUUUAUCCUUGAAGGUCCCUCUGUUAAUCAACUUGCUCCUGUAGUUCCUUUAUUGGUUCGCAUGAUGGAAGAUCCUCAGGAAGGUGAAGGUGUAAGAGGGAGGGCUGCAUGGAUUCUUGGACGGGUGUUUGAGCUUGUGGGAGCAAAUAGAAUCAUAAAAAAUGAGGUGGUGGACUUUCCUAGGAUCAUGACUCUCUUAAUAAAGAUGAGCAAAGAUGUCCCUCAAGUGUCCAUUGAAGUGUAUGGAGCUAUAUACUUUAUUGCAAGAGGUUAUAGAGAGGAUGCAAAGUCCACGUCCAAGUCAUCUGAGCUUACACCUUUUGUUAAGCCUCUUAUUGAUGCCCUACUUUCUGCUUCAGAACUUGUUAAGGAGACCCCUUUUAGGAUUCCACCAUGUGCAUCUACUUAUAAAGCAUUGAGUGAGAUCGUGAGAGUGAGCAACAUUGAAGAACUAGAAAUUAGUGAUGCUCUUAUUGGAUUAAUGUCUCAAAUCUUCAGGAGGUUGAGCACUGUGGUUAAAGGUCAUGGUGAAGCAAUGUCAUCAGAUGAGAGGAAGAACUGUGGCCUUCUUGAGGUCUUGCAUUGUGGUCUACUUGAACUCUCAAUGAAGCAGCUGGGCAGGAGCAACUUCGAGGUGGAGGCAGCAUUCACACUUAGGGACUCUGCUAGCUGUUUAUUGCUCCUAUUGUGUCGUGUCUUAACGAGUGACAAUCCUACUGCACGUGAUCGAGUAGCACUUGCCAUUGGUGCUCUUGCUCAUGCCAUUGGUUGUCAUUUUGGACAACACAUGCCUAUCCUCCUACAAUAUUUUAAUGUGAAACGACUCUCUCCGGUUUACAUAGGAGUGAUGUGCAGUAUCUGUCAUAUCUUGGGAAAAGAGGAAGAAGUGGUGCCAUCCUGGGAUCAUAUUAUGGAAGUUCUGUACAAGGGUAUCCAAGAAUUGUCACUUCAACCGUCAAUUUUAUCAAGCUUUGGAGAGAUUGCUGUUGCUAUUGGUGACAAAUUUGAGAAGUACGUGCCUCCAGUUUUGGAAAAGCUUAGAGAAGCUGAAGCUGCUCAUUUGAAGUUAGGAGAUGAGGAUCAUGGUAGCAAGGUUAGAGAGUCAAUAUUCAAGGCUUACCAUGGCAUGAUGGAGGGCAUAAAUGACCCAAAGUGUGGGAUGAAGGUAGGAAUGGCUCUGUAUGAAUUUAUUGAAGAUGACCAGAGCAACACCAAGAGAAGGGAUACAAGUGUGGCCAUGGCAGGAGUUGAUGCUUUGUCUCUACUACCUAUGAGGGUGGGGGCUUGGUCAGAGCGAUUAAUUGUAUUGAUGAAAGAAGGGUUUAUUAGUAGGCAGUGAUGAGGAACUAAAUUGUGAUUUAUUUUGGUACACCGAAUUUGUAUGACUGUUGAUACUAGGUGUUGGUUGGAACCUCUCUGUCUAUUAUGGUUUUUAGUAAAGGACUAGUUCCCUU